AUGGGUGGGUUUGUCGCGGUCAUCCUGGUCAUUGUCAACCUAUUCUUAUUCGUUCUGGCAGGAUGCGGGAUGGACCUACUGAUCAAUAUCCUGCUCACAAUUCUGGGCUACUUCCCCGGGAUUCUGCACGGCUUCUAUGUCAUUUGGGUCUACUAUGAUCGCCGCGAACAGGCCGCUCUGGGGCAACCCGCACCAAACAACGCGCCUGGCAUCUACAGCGAAAAGGUCCAGGCCGGUGGUCGCCGCUACGGCACGAUGGGAAGACCAGCGCCAUCUGCACCUGCACCGGCACCAGCCUACAACUGA